UUGGGGGCGAGGCCACUGGCGGAGGCGGCGCUGCUCCGCUAUAGGAUCUUUGGUUGGGACGCACUCAGCUCCAAAGAGCAAAGAUAGGAUCUUUGGCUCUGAGUUUGUCCUCUGAGACUGCGCCACGGCCCUGAACUACAACUGAGCGAGUAUCCUCAGCGGCAUCAAAUGGUGUGAUCACUGUAUUUCGGGUUCCAGUAAUCUGGAGAUAAGAGGCUUAAUGUUCCUAAAUACAACACAUGUCGUCUGAAAAAAUAACUGUUACUGUUCGGCUGGUUCGUUCUUUCGAGCAUCGCAAUUUCAAACCCGUAGUCUACCAUGACGUUAAUGUUAAUCAAUCUGUAAAGGAAUUCCUUUCCUUUCUCCAGAAUGAUGUAUCUUCAAAGCCUGGGCUUCCCCCACCAUUUAGGAAACACACAUAUGAUACAUUAAAGAUUAUUCACCAAGCACAUGGGGCAAAGACAAAUGAUCUUGUUGUAAGUUUGGAUAAUGAUGACCAACUUAUAUUAAAGGAGACAAGCACACUGAAAGAAGCAGGAGUGGCCCAUGAAACUGAAAUGGCUUACUUUAAAAAGGAAGAUUAUGAAACAUACAAAACGAACCCUGUAGUUAUUUGGUGACAAUUGUAGAAAUGUCAGUGUUUGAAAAUUUAAUGUCCAAGUAUCACAUUCUGUGAAGUUUGAAAUUUUGAGAACUGUGUGAUAAAGCAGCUCAUGCAAAUAAUGUUUUUUUUUCUUUCCUGUUUAAAGAUGAAUUGUAAAAACAUACAUUUUAAUUUGGCUGUCUCAUUUAUGUCACUCCACUAUAUUUUCACCAGUUGUAAUGUACAUUUCUGGAAUAAGAUGUUUAGAAAGUUCUUCAACUGGUCAUGUUUACAACCCAGUAUUGAGGGGAACCAGGGAGAUUUCAUACUUACCAUCGGGAAAUGUUUGAUUAUAGAACCAUAUAGCUGGAUCAAAGUAAAACAUUGUUUAUUCAUGGAUAAAAUAGUUAACAUUCUUUCAAAUUAAAAUAAUGUGGUUUUGUGAAUUUAUUUGGUAGUUGAUGUAAACAAACCACAUCCUGAGAUUUUGUAAUGAAAGUUAUUGAGUGCAUGGAAUAGAUAUUCAAAAGCAGAGGUUGACAAUUGCUGCAACAGCUUUUAUCCUUUUAACAGUACAGCCGGUAGAGUUCCUGCCUCUCAGCUCCAGUGACCUGUAAAAAGCCUUGAUUUCUACACAAAGUAUUUUACUAAUAGUUUAUUAUAAGCACUACAUACAUACUAUGCACUAGCUGUCCGUGGUCAUCACUGGAGCUAGAGAGCGAGCUGGAGGUGGGGACACUACAAUUAUACAAGAGACAAUGGGGAGUGGUUAGUAGUGGUGAGGUCACUGUGUUAAAGGAACAUGCACUGAUCUACAGGUUAAAUCUUAAUCUGAAGUUUGCAUGUUCUCCCUGUGAAUGUGUGGGUUGUAUCCAUUGCUUUGGUAUCCUCCCACAUCCCAAAGAUGUGUGGGAUGGUAGGUUAAUUGGCCAUUGUAAAUUAAUCCUACUGUGCAGUUGAGUGUUAGAAUGUGAGGCAAAUUGAUUUUUAAAAAACAUUGGAUUAGUAUAAAUGAUUGGUAAGACCCAGUGGGUAGAAGUGCGUGCUUCCUUGUUGUUUGACCGACUCCUCAAAAUUUAUGGUUGAUGUUAUCAUUGUAACCUAUUGUUUGAAUAAUGACAAUGAUCAAAAAUUUUAUGAGGAAUUUAAGUUAUUAGAGGUGAGAGGUCAUGUUUUAAUUUCUUGAGAUAGAAUACCAAAUUACGAAAAAAUUUGAAAUAUUAAGCUUGAAUUUAUAACUGGUAUUAUCAAAUUUACAGUAUAUCUUCUAGAACACAAGUUAAAAAAAACAUGAAUGUGCAGCAAAUAAAUCAAAUGUUAUUGAACAUUGAGCUUUAGGUUUAUUAUUGUCAUGGAUACUGAGGUACAGUGAAAAGCUUUGUUCUCAAUACAAUCCAAUCAAGUCAGCAAGUCAUACACAAAUACAAUCAAAUCAUACUCAAGUACUAUAGGUCGAGCAGAGUGAAAGAUAGAGAGUGCAGAAUAUAGUUCUAAGCAAUAUUGUUUGAAAUAGUUCAUUUAACUAACUAUUGUAACCCAAAUUGUAAAAUUACAACAUGUCUUAUGUUGUAAUUUUACAAUUUAAUAAAGUAGUCAUUUUUCUUAAGGACAGUUUGAUUUGGCACAAUUCUUUAAAUAAGAACCUUUGAGAUGAAUUUUCAUCUGGAACAACUCUGCUACAGUUAAAUGGUACAGGCUGAUUUGCUGCCUCUUGUCAUGACAAAUAUGAGAAAUGACUAGAAUUACGUAACUCUCUAAUUUACAGUUUCUCCAUCAAUAAGUAACAGAGGGGGGGUGCAAUUAACUAGCUAUCUAUUUCUAGAUUUACCAUCACCCCUUUCUACCAACAAUAUUUGAGAAAAGUGGAAAGAUUUACCUAUCAUUUAGUGACCGAGAGGUCAAAGAGUGAUUAUCAGUCAACAUAGAAAGAUGGUAGAUGGUAUGGUCUCAUGACUAAGCAGAAUAUUGUGAUUGUUAACUUCUAGGAUUGUUGUCUUUCAAGGUGGUUCAAGAAAACUGAAUGUGUAAAUUUUACUAAGGAGACAAAAAUCACCGUACAAUAUAGAAUUAUUUAAUCCUCACCUAGUUUUUUCUAAGGAUAAUAUUGCCAAAAAGGUUCAAGUUGUAAGUCUGGAUGUUUAUCACUGAAUUCAAGACGAAAUGUUUUUGAAACAUACUCCAAGUAUUCACUGGCACAUUUAUUUGCAAUCUAUGAAUCAAAUUGAGGCUAACUGGAACAGUACAGGACUUUUUGCUGUGCAGGAAUAAUAUUUCAUGUUAAGUAAAUUCUAAAAGUUCUAAACUCUCCAUACUAAAUAGUCUGUAUCCAACACUUCUGACAUCUCAGUGUAAUUCUUGAAAUAAAAUGUACUCUAUAUUGCAAGUAUGCCAGAAAGUUUAGAUUGGAUGGGCUGAUUUAAUUCCAGAAAUUAUGUGAAACAUUAAUAAUUCAACGGAAACAUUUGCCCAUACAUAUAUACAAAUAUACUUAUUGUGUAACAGCCAAUGUCAGAGUAUUUUGUGCUCCAGCCAGAUCAUAAUAAAUAGCUACAUCAGUUUA